ACAAAGGUAAAGAUUAAGCACUUUAAAAACCAAGACUAGUGUGUUUUCUUUCUUUUUGUACACAUUACAACUUCUGUUUUGUAUCCUUUGCUUUACUGUCAAUCCAUUUCUUAAUUUGUUUAUUGAACGCUAAAAAAGAUGGAGGCUGGUGGUGGAUCAGAUGUGCGAGAUAUAUUAGAACUUGAUCAAGGGGCUAAAUUUAUGACAAAAGAUGCUCUUCUUAAUGAUAAUAAGAAGAAACCAAUUAGAAAGUCAGAUAUAUCAUUUAAGCGACCUGAGGGUAUGCAUAGAGAACUCUGGGGAUUGUUAUGGACAGACAACAAAGAUGCCCCUCCACUGAUACCAACAGACACUAACCAGGGAUAUAAACAAAUGAAAGCUAAAAUUGGCAUCAGCAAAGUUAGACCAUGGAAAUGGAUGCCGUUUAGUAAUCCAGCUAGAAAAGAUGGUGCAGUAUUUCAUCACUGGAGAAGACUAGCAGAUGAAGGAAAAGAUUAUCCCUUUGCAAGGUUUAAUAAGGCUGUAGAUACACCAACAUACUCAGAUCUUGAAUAUCAACAACAUCUUCAUGAUGACAAUUGGACGAGACAGGAAACAGAUCAUUUGUUUGACCUUUGUAAAAAAUUUGACCUUCGGUUUGUCAUCAUGCAUGACAGAUGGGAUAGAGAGAAAUAUUCCAACAGAAGUGUAGAAGAUAUGAAAGAAAGAUACUAUGGAAUAUGUGGUAUUCUGACAAAGGUACGAGCACCACAAGGAACAGAACCAAAGAUAUGGGCCUUUGAUGCUGAACAUGAAAGAAAAAGAAAACUACAAAUGACAAAAUUGUUCGAAAGGACUCAAGAAAAGAUUGAAGAAGAAGACCUUUUAAUAGCUGAAUUGAAAAAGAUUGAAUUAAGGAAGAAAGAGAGAGAGAAGAAAACACAGGAUCUACAGAAACUUAUCACAGCUGCUGAUAGCAAUAUAGACAGUAAAAAGGCAGACAAAAGGCAAACAAAGAAAAAGAUACAUCUCCAACAGAAAUUCAAAGAAGUGGUAAAUCCGGACCAGUCAGGUAUAAAGUUUGCAGAUUUCAAAGCUUCAGGAGUAUCACUUAGGAGUCAAAGAAUGAAAUUGCCAGCAUCUAUUGGUCAGAAGAAAAUGAAAGCCAUAGAACAGGUGCUAGAGGAGUUAGGAAUAGAAUUUAAUCCUAUGCCAACAGAAGAAGUUGUAUCAAUAUUUAAUGAGUUACGGCAGGAUAUAGUUUUACUGUAUGAACUGAAAUCAGCCUUAGCAAACUGUGAUUAUGAAACAGAAACAUUAAGGCAUAGAUUAGAAACUGUAGCCCCUGGAAAGUCCUCUACAAUAGAAGGUUUAUCAUCUCUAUCGUCUUUACCAGAAACACCAGUAACGCCAACUGAAACCACCCCAAUGUUAGUUACACCUAACAUGACACCAGAAUCUCCAAACAGUCAGCAAAAGUUAGCGGAGGCUAUUGAUAUUAUUGGUAGUGCUCCUGGUACACCUAAUAGAAAGAGAAAAGCAGCUUUGGAACAAAGAGACAUUUUAAAGAAAAUAACCAAAAAAUUGUAGCAGUAACAUUAAUAUAUAUUACUUUUAUAUAAAAAUAUUAAACCAUCCAUUAUGCAGCUGGAUGUUAUAGGAUUAUGUUUGUGGUUGGAUAUCAAACAAAGUGACAUGUGGUCAGAAAGUGAUGGAAUUUGAAAGGAGAAUAUUCUUCAGGGUUCUGUGAUUGUAUAUAUGUAAUCCAUUCAUCAUGAUAGCUUUGUUAUACUUGUAAUAAAACAGGGCAAUGUAAAUUUUCA